CCGCCCCAUUCUCGCGCUCUCUUCCUCCCUCAGACAACUAGCUCCCCCUCUCUCCUCCCCCCUCCACGUAAUUCCGAAAGAGCAGAAGAAAGAGGAGAACAAGAAAAGAGGAGCGAGUAAGCGAGAGUGGAAGCACACACACACAAAAAAAGCCUGAAGAGGUUCAAAGGGGAGGAAAGGGAAAGGAUGGACAACCACAAAACGCAGCGAUUGCGGAAAUUUUCCAGCGCCAUUGGCUGGGCAGCGUGAGUCCUUUGGUCGGGCGUGAUUUCAGCACCGGGGGGACUGGACAGCACCUCGGGGGGACUCUUGGGCAACCCGCAACCACAGGAAGAACUCCACCAGCAGCCUCAACAACAGAAGCCGCCGAAAAGCCUGCUUUGUAUCAGAGAGGCAAGGAUGGUUGCUGUUACUUUGUGAUGAGAUCGGGGAUGAAUUGCUCGCUUUAAAAAUGCUGCUUUGGAUUCUGUUGCUGGAGACAUCUCUUUGUUUUGCCGCUGGAAACGUUACAGGGGACGUUUGCAAAGAGAAGAUCUGUUCCUGCAAUGAGAUAGAAGGGGACCUACACGUAGACUGUGAAAAAAAGGGCUUCACAAGUCUGCAGCGUUUCACCGCCCCGACUUCCCAGUUUUACCAUUUAUUUCUGCAUGGCAAUUCCCUCACUAGACUUUUCCCUAAUGAGUUCGCUAACUUUUAUAAUGCAGUUAGUUUACAUAUGGAAAACAAUGGCUUGCAUGAAAUCGUUCCCGGGGCUUUUCUGGGGCUGCAGCUGGUGAAAAGGCUACACAUCAACAACAACAAGAUCAAGUCUUUUCGAAAGCAGACUUUUUUGGGGCUGGACGAUUUGGAAUACCUACAGGCUGAUUUUAAUUUAUUACGUGAUAUAGACCCCGGAGCUUUCCAGGACUUGAACAAGCUGGAGGUACUCAUUUUAAAUGACAAUCUUAUCAGUACCCUACCUGCCAAUGUAUUCCAAUAUGUGCCCAUCACCCACCUCGACCUCCGGGGGAACAGGCUGAAAACGCUGCCCUAUGAGGAGGUCUUGGAGCAAAUCCCUGGCAUUGCUGAGAUCCUGCUAGAGGAUAACCCUUGGGACUGUACGUGUGAUCUGCUGUCCCUGAAAGAAUGGCUGGAAAACAUUCCCAAAAAUGCCCUGAUCGGCCGAGUGGUCUGCGAAGCCCCCACCAGACUACAGGGUAAAGACCUCAAUGAAACCACCGAACAGGACUUGUGCCCUUUGAAAAAUCGAGUGGAUUCUAGUCUCCCGGCGCCCCCUGCCCAAGAAGAGACCUUCGUCCCUGGCCCCUUGCCAACUCCUUUCAAGACAAAUGGGCAAGAGGAUCAUAUCACCCCAGGGUCUGCUCCAAAUGGAGGUACAAAGAUCCCAGGCAACUGGCAGAUCAAAAUCAAACCCACAACAGCGAUAGCAACGGGUAGCGCCAGAAACAAACCCCCAGUCAAUGGCUUGCCCUGCCCUGGGGGCUGCAGCUGCGACCACAUCCCAGGGUCGGGUUUAAAGAUGAACUGCAACAACCGGAACGUGAGCAGUUUGGCUGAUUUGAAGCCCAAGCUUUCCAACGUGCAGGAGCUUUUUCUGCGAGAUAACAAGAUACACAGCAUCCGAAAAUCUCACUUUGUGGAUUACAAGAAUCUCAUUUUGUUGGAUCUGGGUAACAAUAACAUCGCCACCGUGGAGAACAACACUUUCAAGAACCUUUUGGACCUCAGGUGGCUGUAUAUGGAUAGCAACUAUCUGGACACGCUGUCCCGGGAGAAAUUCGCUGGACUGCAGAAUCUAGAGUACCUGAACGUGGAGUACAACGCGAUCCAGCUCAUUCUCCCCGGCACUUUCAAUGCCAUGCCCAAACUGAGGAUCCUCAUUCUCAACAACAACUUGCUGAGGUCCCUCCCCGUGGACGUUUUCGCUGGGGUCUCGCUUUCUAAGCUCAGCCUGCACAACAAUUACUUUAUGUACCUCCCGGUGGCAGGGGUACUGGACCAGUUAACCUCCAUCAUUCAGAUAGAUCUGCAUGGAAACCCCUGGGAGUGUUCCUGCACCAUUGUGCCUUUCAAACAAUGGGCAGAACGCCUGGGUUCCGAAGUGCUGAUGAGCGACCUCAAGUGUGAGACGCCUGUGAACUUCUUUAGAAAGGAUUUCAUGCUCCUCUCUAAUGACGAGAUCUGCCCCCAGCUGUAUGCGAGGAUCUCGCCCACGUUAGCUUCGCACAGUAAAAACAGCACUGGGUUGGCGGAGACCGGGACGCACUCCAACUCCUACCUAGACACCAGCAGGGUGUCCAUCUCGGUGUUGGUCCCGGGACUGCUGCUGGUGUUUGUCACUUCCGCCUUCACCGUUGUGGGCAUGCUCGUGUUUAUCCUGAGGAACCGAAAGCGGUCCAAGAGAAGGGAUGCCAACUCCUCGGCGUCCGAAAUUAAUUCCCUACAGACAGUCUGUGACUCUUCCUACUGGCACAAUGGGCCUUACAACGCAGAUGGGUCCCAUAGAGUGUAUGACUGUGGCUCUCACUCGCUCUCAGACUAAGUCCUCAACCCUAACAGGGGAGGGGAGCCGGAAAGCGAUAAACAUCCUCCCCUACCGCCAGCAUCCCAGGGGUUAGAGGAGCGCUGACCCAAAUCCAGCUUGCCCCAAGCCUUGAUGGACACAAGUAAAUAAAUAACUAUAAACUCACUUAACUGAAGGGGUCUGACCUCAUAGCAGCUCCCUUCUGGAAACAAAGAGCAGACUGUGCGGAGCUGGGAGAGCGCUCAACUAGCUUGCUCUAUGCUCUGAGGUCCUUUUGAGUGAAAGCCCAGCAUGGGCUCUGCCAGAAGAAUUGACAGUGCUCUUACCCCGGGCAAGGACCUGUGGGGAUGGCUGCAGCAGUUCUAUACAUAUAUACAUAUAUCCACAUCUAUAUAGAGAGAUAGAUAUCUAUUUUUCCCCUGUGGACAGCCCCAUGAUGGCUCCCUGUUGGCUACGCAGGGAUGGGCAGUUGCACGAAGGCAUGAAUGUAUUGUAAAUAAGUAACUGACUUCUGACAAACGAAAAGUGCUGCAUGGCUCGCAUGGAAUCCACGCGCUCCAGGGACUCUGCCCGCCCCCCGCCCCUCCUCCCAGCAACUGGAGAUGGCAUCUCCUUCACAGCACCCAUCCUCUUACCUGAUAAGUCCCAUCAUCAAACUUUCUAUAAACAAAAUACAGUAUAAUCAGAAAGUGCCAUUUCGCCAUUAUUUGUGAUCAGUAGGCAGUUCCAAGAGUAUGUUUACUGUGAAAAAAAAAAUGUAAAGGUUUUAUUUAAGACAUUUGCAUGGCUAAUCAUCAGUCCAUUUUAUGAGUUAGCAAUGUAUUUUGUUGAGGGAAGUUUUUAGGGGUUGUUUUGGGUUCUUUUAUUUUCAUGGUAAUGUUUUAUUUUUUGAGGGGUAAUAUUUUUCUAUACAUAUCCAAUAAUGCCUUCCAUCUGAAUGUAAAAUAAGUACCCAUGAUUUCUAUUAUAGUACCAGUGUAAUUAUUUAAGAAAAAAAAAGAUUUUGAGGCAGUUAAGCAUGACCAAUUAAUGUCACUCUAGUGCUUAGGCUGCGAUCAUAUGGUAGCAAUUCUGUGCUGGUAUAAAUCUUACUUAUAAAGUAGGAAAGAAGAACCAAGGAAGCACGUGAAACUUACUAAUUCUAUUCGAGGAUUUUAUAAUGGCAUAUUUUUUCAGUAUUAAAGUGAAAAUGUUUUCAAAUCUGGGUCCUUACAUUUUUCCAGCUUAUAUUUGCAACUGGUAAAUUGGAUUUGCGGUGGAAGGGAGGGGGAGAGGGAAACGGUUGGGGGUGGAUCCCCUUCUUGAGCUACUUUAAGGCUCUUUUCCCUAAUCGCCUUAGCCUUUUACCCUUUAUGUAGCUCCUCUUUCCCCAGUCCCCACCCCCGCCCCUGCUCAGACUUUAGAGGUUUUCUCCCGUCCACUAAGUAAGGUCUUCCUCCAACACACUUCCUCCCUGCCCCCUUCUCUUAAUGCGGCAGUGAAUCCCUUUAUUAAUACGGGAAAUCCCUGGCUGCUGCUUUUGUUGGUGCUGCCUACACUGCAGAUAUAUUAAGGAUGUUAGGAGAGAUUUGAUUUAAUUGAUUCUGCCUAGAUCGGUCUCAUUAAACGGAGUGGAGAUUUCAUUGGUCAGCACUCCUCCAUGAAAGACAGCCCUAAUGACUGGCAUUUGAGAUGCUGCUGGCAUUUUGAAUCCAACAUCUGCUGAAAACGGUAAAACUAAUUAGCGUCCACCCACCCUCCCCGCCCCAGCAACUGCAUAUUGAAAUUUGUUAAAGCACUCAUCUUUAUGGAAAUCAAUCAUUAUCCUAAAGAAGUGUUUCUCUCCCAUCAUCUGGAUUUCUGGUUGUGGCCCAGUAAUUAACAAGAAAAGCAUUGAAGUAUUUGAAUUAUGUGAACCAAUGCAAUUCUGGCCUCAGUCACAUUCCUCCGGGAUUUCUAAGCAAAUGUAUUUUAUGAAGAGCUAGGCUACAAAAUGACACAUAUUGAUGGGAUUUUCAUUCCACCACAUAUCCACCCUUGAGAAGUAUGUUAAAAACAAAACACAACAAAACAAAAAAACCUCUCAGACCACAGACAAAAAAAGGAAAAAAAAAGUAUAGAACUCUAAGUCACCUAAUGAAAGAUGAAAGUCCAGAACCAGUCUUAAGUAGAUUUGCCAUCUAGAACUCAUAUUCUAAAGGGAAGUAAUUUCCCAGAACAAUGCUGUUCUGGACUAUGUACUAUUUAUUUUAACAUUUUUAAAAUAAAAUCUUUAUGAUAAACCAUGACAGUUCCUAAGGCCAUUCAUCAUUUUUUUCUCUUGGUUCUUUUGUUUGUGGACUGCAUUUCAUAUGGUAAAACUGGGAUCUACUAUCCUCUGACAAAUAUUAUGGGUUGUUUUUUAUUUAUUUAUUUUUAUUUUGAAGGUUUUGCUUCUUUUUAUGAAAAAAAAAAUGAAUGGUUUUCUGAUAAGAACCAAAGAAUUUGUUUGUGAUAGAAAAAUUGGAGAAGAGAGCCAUAUAUUCUACAACAUUAUGACCCAAAGAAGGGGGAAAAAAAAGGCAGGUGUAGAAACAAUGACUUUGUUGGAAGGUGGCAUUUAAAAAAAGAUGUCUACUGAGGAAGGGUAGUAAUUUUUAAAAUUGAUGUAUGACUAGUAUAAUUCCAGAAACUAGACCUUUCAGAAGGUUUGCACAGGGGCGACAACUUUUCCUCAUCCUGAUUAAAAAGGAAUUACUAAGUAGAAGCCAAGGUUGAAGGGGUACCAUUGUUUUUAAAAUAGUAACUUUAAUAGUUUUUAUAUAGUCACUUCACAUAAUUAUUCAGUUUAAUCUUCAAGACCACAGGAUAAUUUAGUAUGAUACUACUGUUUCUGUUACAUAAAAGUGGAAUCAAACCCAGGGCUUCAUGUAUGACAGACAAGUGCUCAACCACUGAACUGCAUCACAGCUUUUUCAUAUUUAUCUUGAGACAGAGUCUUGCUAAGUUGCCCAGACUGACCUGGAACUCUUGCCUUAGCCUAUUAGAGUCGUGCUCCACCAUACCUGGUUGUUUACUAUUUUGAUAUACUAUUACUGCCACUUUAUAUUAGGUGUGAGCUUAAUAGAUUUAUGUUUAAUUAAAAUGUAUACACAUAUUUAGUUUGCAGGACACAUAAUCCAUAUGUUCUUACCAUGUCUCUUUCAUUUAGGAGUACUUAGCAUCUUCUUUUUAUUUCAUCUUUACAUAAAAUGUUCAUAUAAUUCUACUUGUCAUUUGUAUUAGUUGAGAUAUCUUGUUUGCAGUUAGAUCAUUCUUUUUUAAUUCAUCAAAGAGAGGAAGAAAUCUGGGUCAUGUCUAAUGGAAAAAAGAGGAAAGAAUAAGAUAUUUUAUUUAGUUCCAUUGCUUUAAAGAAAGUAGUAUUUUCUGUAACUAAGAAUAUCCUAGAACCUAACUUGUUGCCAUAGAAAUUUAUUGUUUAACCAUUUUAUAUAUUUAUCUAAGAGGAAGCUGGAAUUGCUGAUCUAAAAUGCACAUAAAGAUUUUUUUUUCUUAACAGUAUUUGUGUUAGAUGUAAUUAGAAUUUUCAGACAUUUUAAUAAGUAUUAAAAUUAUAUUGGUAAAUCCAAAGACAGUCUGUUAAUUUAGCUUUUUCAGGUUUCUAAUAAAUCUUAUAUUGUAUGUACAGAGAAAUGGAUGAAUGUGCAAGGAUGAACAGUGAAGAGUGCAUUUAUAAUAUGUAAUUACAUAAAAGGCAUAUUAAUUACAUUGGUUACUAAUUCACUAUUUCUACUAGAAAAUUUAUAAAUAUUUUUAUUUGUGUUUAUUUGAAGAAGAUAGAAAUAUAAACUGUGUUAAGGAUUUAAUUUUAGCAUAUAUUGUUUUGAUUCAUUUUCUCUCAUUUAAAUAUCUAUAAAAUAAGAUAUGGUAUUUAAUUUUUGAAAAAUGUUCUCUGUAUGCUAUUACAGAAUUAGAGUAAAAACAUAUUCAAGUUUUUAAAGUUAUAUUAUUUACCUCAAUUUAGCCCUGAAUAAAAGGAAGAGAGGGGAAAUUAAACAGGUUUUAUAUAAUCACCAGGCACUUUCUUUUAUCUAUAGUGUUGGCAAAAUGUUAUUUUCAAAACUAACAUAUAGGGCAUAUAAGAUGUUUCUUUUUGGAGUUAAAACCUGAAGAUAUACCUUCAAAUUUUGAUUCCAUGAAAAGCAUAUUAUAUUGUAAUCUGAAACAUAAACUGACAUUGACUCUGUUGUGACCUAUCAAAAUGUGAUUGAAUUUUUUGGGGAAAAAAAAAAAAAAAACACUGGAGAGUUAAGAUAAUAAUGGUUGCUGUGUUGAAGAACUCUAAUUUUAAAAUGAAAUUUUAAAAAGUGGAAAAAUCAUCUUAGAUUUUCUUUAAAUCUUUAAAACCCAGUGCAACCCUUUUACCUCAAUUGUCUGGCAAUUUCAGUUUAUUGGCUUGGACCUUAAUUAUCCAAUUGGCUACCUUUCUCCCAUUUACUUUCUAAAUAUAUCUUAUAUUAUACUCUUGAAAUAUAAUUACAUUUCAUACUUGAACUUUGCAUAAAGCUUACUGGAGAACUAUUUAACAGUUUAAAUAAUUUUGAAUAUAUCAGAUAUAAAUUUUCAACUGCCAAUGUUAACUGGGCACUUGCUACACACACACACACACACACACACAAAUAUAAGAGUUAUAUCUUGGUUCUAGGAUGCCCACAGAUAUCAAAAAUGAGAAAUGCUUAAGUCCCAUAUGGUAAUCUCUACAUUACUUUUAAUACAUGAUAAAUGUAACUGUUAUGUGCAUAGUUGUUGUACUCUAUUGUGUAGAAAUCAUAACAAAGAAAAAACUUGUACAUUUUCAGUAUAGAUACACUUUUUAUUUUUUAGUGGUGCUGAGGAUUGAACCUAGGGCCUUGUGCAUACAAGGCAAGCACUCUGUCAACUGAGCUAUAUCCCUAGCCCUAGAUAUACUUUUAAAAAAUAUUUUUUAAUCCAUGAAGAGUUGAAUCCACCAAUGAAGAAUCUAAGGGUCAAUUUUAUUGUAGAAAAUUUCUUAGGAAAAGAAAAUAAGGUAGUGCUAACACCCCAAAUUUUAUAACCAGAAUGAUAAGAUAUAGAUGUCACUGUAAUCAUUGAAGAAUAGUAUAUCAUUGGCAUUGUUUGAAAAAUACCACUAAAACAGUUUGUGUUUAUUUUAAGUAUUUUAGUCAUUUGGAAAAAUGCAGUCAUCACAUUAGUUAUAAUGCAAAAAUUUGAAAAUCUUCAAACAAUGUUUUAAAUGAAAGAGAUACUUUACCAUACUGGUUUUAUUUUCAUUUCUUUUUCUGUAAAAUGGAAAUAAUGCUUGCUAUUUUAAAACUUCAUUAAGGGUUUUCUGACUAUUUCAAAAAGAAACAAACUAGUUUUUAUCUUAACAAGUGCAUUACUA